AUGACGAGACGCUGCGGUACCUCGUCGGCGCCGCCGUUCGCCGCUCUUGCCCUGCUUCUCCUCCUUUCCUUCUCCUGCUGCGCGGCGGCCGCUCGCCUCCUCCCUGCCAGCACUGCUCCUCACGAAGAUUCUAGCGUAAUCGACGUCAAGGCGGCCGACGCUGCGUCAGACGGGCUAGGGGCGCUUCCGGCGGAAGGCGGCAAGGUCGGCAAUGGCGAGGAGCCGGCCCCGGAGGUGACGACGGCGGCGGCAGAGGAUCUCGAGAAGGAGGAGGAGGCGUGCGAGGAGGGGACCACCGGCGAGGAGUGCAUGCAGAGGAGGCUCCUCCACGACGCCCACCUCGACUACAUCUACACGCAGCGCAAGGGCAGGCCAUGA